AUGCUGACGAUACGCCGCGCUGUACUCCGGACACCGACCCUUGCUUCGACAACAGCACUGCGAGCUGCGACGCCGCUAGCUACCCGAUCAUUCUCCAGCUCGACCGUCCUCGAUAAGGAGAAGCUCGUCAUUCUGGGAUCGGGUUGGGCGGGGUACAACACGGCACGGAAGGUUGACAAGGACCACUAUGAUGUCACGGUCGUCUCGCCGAACAACUACUUCUCCUUCACCCCCUUCCUCGCCUCAACAUGUGUCGGUACGCUCGAGUUCCGCGCUGCGACCGAGGCCGUGCGCAAGCUGAAGCACGUCAACUAUGCGCAGGGAUGGGCGGACAAGAUUGAUCUCAGCAACAAGGUGGUGCACGUCGCCCCCUCGCUGCCGCCAUACGAGGAUCCGCACCAGACCUCGCCCCACGACAAGAACUACACGAGCGGCGCCGAGAUUCUGCCCGAGUACACGCCCUCCGACGCCUACCACGUACCGUACGACAAACUGAUUAUUGCGACGGGCUCGCGCUCCCAGUCCUUCGGGACGCCGGGUGUGAUGGAGAAUGCCAACUUCUUGAAAGACGUGCGCGAAGCGCGAGCGAUCCGGCACCGUCUCCUGCAGUGUCUCGAGAUGGCGUACGAGCCCUCUCUCUCGGAACAGGAGCGGCGGGACAUUCUGAAGUUCUGUAUCGUCGGCGGCGGCCCUACGGGCGUCGAAUUCGCAGCCGAGCUGCACGACUUUGUGCACGAGGACGUCCGCAAGCGCUUCCCCGACAUUGCGGACAAGAUUGAGAUCCGUCUCUUCGACGUCGCCCCGGGUAUCCUGAUGAGCUUUGACGUCGCGCUGCGCGAGUACGCCGAGAAGAAGUAUGCCCGAGACGGGAUCAAGAUCAUGCCCAAUUCGAAGAUCUCGAAGGUCGACCGGCACGCGCUCUACCUCGACAGCGGGGAGAGGUACCCCUUCGGUCUCCUCGUGUGGUCGACCGGCGUGCAGGCGAACGAAUUCGUCAACUCGCUCCAGACGCUGCAGAAGGACGACAAGACGCACUCAAUCACGGUGAACGAGCACCUGCAAGUGAUCGACAAGAACAGCGGCACGGUGGUGCCCAACGUCUGGGCGACUGGUGACAACUGCACACCGACCACGGGGCGUCUGCCAGCGACGGCCCAGGUCGCAGCCCAGAUGGCGACGUACAUGUCGAAAUCGCUCAACAAGCUGGCACAGGGCACGCCCGUGACCGACCUGGCGGCGUUCAAGUGGAAGAACCGCGGCAGCAUGGUGUUCAUCGGCGACGAAAAGGCCAUGGUCGACCGGAGCGGCAGCUCCACCUUCCGCGGCCGCGUGGCUGGCUUCAUGGCCUGGAUUAUGUGGAGGAGCUACUACAUGAGCCUCGCGCUCAGUCCGCGGAACAAGAUCCUCGUGCCCGUGUACUGGGCGCUGGCCUGGUGCUUUGGCCGCGACAUUGUCAACUUCUAG